UCUCGCGAUAACUUCCUGGUCUGGGUCUGUGGGGAGAGAUGUAGGAAUAUAUUUAUUCUCAGACUUUUACCUCGGACAGGAUUCAUAAAGGAUUUCAUCGGGCGCAGUGAAUCUGAGUGUCGCGCGCUAAGGUGCGCGCGUGCGUGUGCCAUGAAGGUGAAGGUGAUCUCCAUCCUGGAAGACAACUACAUGUACCUGGUGAUAGAGGAGCAGAGCAGGCAGGCUGUGGCUGUGGACCCCGCUGUGCCGCACCGGCUCUUGGAAAUAGUGAAGAGAGAAGGCUUGUCUCUGACAGCUGUUCUCACCACACACCACCACUGGGACCACGCUCGUGGUAAUGAGGCUCUGCUGAAGGAGGUUCCUGGCCUGAGGGUCUACGGGGGAGAUGAUCGGAUCGGAGGCCUGACAGAUAAAGUCACAAAUGCACAGGAACUGAAGUUUAGCUCCAUCAAUGUGAGGUGCCUGUUCACCCCCUGCCAUACCUCUGGUCACAUGUGCUACUUUGUUUGGGAGGAUGAGUGCACUGAUGCCCCCGCUGUGUUCACAGGAGAUACUUUGUUUAUCGGUGGAUGUGGGCGUUUCCUUGAGGGAACGGCAGAGCAGAUGUACCACAACCUGACCCAGGUGCUUGGCUCCCUACCUCAAGACACGAAGGUGUUCUGCGGACACGAGUACACGAUCAAGAACCUGAAGUUUGCCAUGUUGGUAGAACCUGAGAAUGAAAAGGUUAAAGAGAUGCUGAGCUGGGCCAGGGCUCGAGAUGAUGAUGACAAGCCGACAGUGCCAUCUACCCUAAUAGAGGAAUUCGAGUACAACCCUUUUCUUCGGCUCACGGAGGAAGGAGUGCAGAAAUUCACUGGAGAGAAGGAUCCGAUAGAGGUGCUGAGGGUCCUGCGGAAGGAGAAGGACAAAUUCAAGAAGCCCAAGGAGAGGCUUCCUCCUCACGCCAUGCUGGCGCUGGAGUGGGGGCUGCUCAGACCCUGACGUCCAGCUUAGGAGCACGAGAGAUCCACCCUCCCAGCUACUGAAUGACUGCUUGGAGAAUAACGCAGGAUCGUUGUGCUGUUUGUUGCUUUAACUCUCACGUUAGGCCGUCCUGCUGGGUGUCGUGUGCUUAUUAUUAAACUAUGUCUGCAUAAAAAAAAUAUAAAAAAAAAAUGCCUGUGUAAAACUGCUUCCACACAACAUUCCUCCUGUAAAGUGAAUUAUUUUACACUCAGUCUUUGAUGCACUAAUUGCACCAGGUAACAUCACUAACAAUGGUUUCCAGUUACAUGUGAGGAAUCAUGAUUUGUUUUGAAUAUUCAUUGAAUAAUGGACAAUUUUUCAUUUGGUCAAUUUUGAUUUUAUGUUUGAUUUCCUUGAGUUGUACCUCAUUAUCUUUGUAGCAAUGUUAAUUUAGUAAUCCUGCUUUCAUUUAGCUUUAUAAAUGAACAUACUGUAUAUAUUUGGGGGUUUUUUCUUCUUACAUUUGCAGUUGAAACUCUGUAAAUGUUAUACAUGGUUAUAAAUAUCUUCCACUGUACAACAGUAUGGAUGUAAAUUGCUGCUUUUCAUCCCAAAGUUUAUAUUCUCAUUGUAAUUACAGAGGAGAUUACACAAUAAAACACAUCAAUCUGAA